AUGAAUUCUUCAUUUAUUCCUGUGUCCGAGUUUGUAUUAGUUGGGAUGCAAAGUCUACAAGACAAGCGAGUCAUACUUUUUGUGGUGUUUCUUUUCGCAUAUGUAAUCAUUCUGAUUGGGAACUUUAUGAUAAUAUUACUCGUGAUCCGAGAACCCAAACUAAACACACCAAUGUAUUUUUUUAUUCACAACCUAUCGCUUGUGGACGUAGUGUAUACAACCGUCACAAUCCCAAACAUGCUGUCCGGGUUUUUAACCGACUCCAAAAGCAUUUCUGUGACGGCCUGUUACAUCCAAAUGUAUUUUUUUCUUUCCAUGUCUUCGACAGGACGCGGUUUACUGACUGUAAUGGCAUUCGACCGAUAUGUCGCCAUCUGCAAUCCUUUGAGGUACACAGCUGUUAUGACUGGUUCCUUUCGUGUCCUUCUCAUUAUUGCUGCUUGGUGUUUUGGGGCAACAUUAACACUGCCAUCAGUGAUACUGGCUACAAGGCUGCCAUUUUGUGGACCCAAUAAAAUAUACCACUGCUUUUGUGACCAUUCAUCAGUAAUCAAACUUGCCUGCACAGACACGCAGUUGAACAGCGUUAUUGGUUUAUCUGGCGCAUUGUUCGUUUUGAUUUCGACUUUUUUUCUCAUUGCAUUAUCCUACAUCAAGAUCGUAAUAUCAGUUAUGAAAAUUGCGUCUCCAGAAGGUCGGCGGAAGGCUUUCUCAACUUGUACUGCGCACCUCACGGUCGUCUGCAUAUCUUAUAUUUCUGCCGCUUUUGUCUACAUUUCUUACCGUGUAGGAAACAUUUCUCCUGAAGUGCGAAUCAUGGUGUCCGUACUCUACUCGGUAUUGACCCCUCUGCUUAAUCCCAUGAUUUACAGUUUAAGAAAUAAAGAGUUGAGAGAUGCAAUAAAAAGAGGUUUUCGAAAACGCAGGGUUAUUUUGUCCGGAGAGAAAGACAUAAUACACGCCCUUACAUGA